ACUAGUGUCCGAUAUUUUUAGAAAUUAAUCACUUCUAAAACCUCGAAUCAGGUAUUUCUCAUUUACCUCCUCAGUGCUAAAGUCUUGAGACUAAUAAUAGGUGUCUACAAAAUGCCUAAAGAAAAGGUUGGUCAUAUUAAGUUUUGAAUAUUCGAAGUUCUUUUCAGGGAUUCUUGUCAUUUAUUAAGCAUUUUUCGAUUUUAACAACUCUCCUUUAGAUUAAUUAUGAUCGUGCCCAGCUGUAUAUAGCAACUUGGAAUUCACCCAAGAUUCACAUACCAAGAAAUAUGUUAUUUGCAUUUAUCCGAUAUGCAUCAUACAAAACGGCCAAGCAGCCAAGAAGAUCCGCGCAUUACGUAACUAGCGCCCCUCAAUUGUGGCUCGAGCUUUACAGGCCUGCAGGCGUCUUUUGGACCUAACAUAAUCGACGUCAAGUUUCGACAUUAGCUUCGACAAGCUCUCCAAGUAACGACGAAAAACUCUCCACUCCAACGCAUUUAAUGCAGCGUUGAAGAACAGCUUUACCACAAAACCCGUUGAAAUGUUGACUCCCGCGACAACAGCAACGCGCCUUGGUGUUCUAGGCACUCGUGCCCUCAAGCUGCAGGUCGCAUUCACGAGAGGGGCAACCUGCCAAUACUCCUCGCUAGCAUCUCGACAAUGCACCAUCCGUAGUACCAAGUCGAUUCCUUCCAUCGCAACUCGAACAGCCACCAAAAAGCCUGCGCGCAGCAUACAGUGCCAAGCUGUUGCCCGCCGUCAUGCUUCCACUACGGCCUCUGGGGCAGAAGCCGCCUCGGAAUCUUCUACUCCAACUCUCGAUUGGAAUACCUUUUUCGUCCUGCGCAAAACGCGGCGUCGCUUCCAGCUCGCCAGCGGUAUCUUAACGAUGGCAAUAGGUGGCACGGCAGGUGCUAUCCUGUGUGUAAAUAUGGACAUGGACUGGCUGUUGACCAAGGUCCCAAUGGACCCGUUUUUUGCGCUGGGUAUAGUGACUCUGAGCUUCGCGGGGCUAGGGUGGUUGGCUGGACCGAGCGUGGGCUCUGCGCUGUUCUACACGUUCAAGAAGGGCGUCAAGAAGCCGAUGGAAAUUAAAGAGUCCGAGUUCUUUGCGCGCAUCAAGAAGAACCGAGUAGAUCCUAGCAACAGCUCGUUGAGUGGUAACGCCGUCCCUGAUUUCUACGGCGAGAAGAUCUCGAGCGUGGCAGGUUACAGACAAUGGUUAAAAGACCAAAGGGCAUUCAACAAGAAGCGAACAAGCUUCGUCUGAGAGGAAAGGUGGUCUCCGGGGAUCGGCCCCAUGCAAGGGAGAAGAUGCAUAGUACACAUACCCUGAUAGGAUUCCGAGUUUCUUAUCACAUUGGUGAGGGAAUAUAUCUCAACGUUCAGGUAAAAAGCAAAAGCU